AUGUCGGCCACCAUUAUCGUUUUCUUCACAGAGAUAAUUCUUGCACGUGUCUCGAGAUGGAAUUAUCCGUCGCUUUGUCUCGUCUCAAAAAGAUUCCACUCUCUCUUAUCAUCUAUGCAAUUCUAUAAGACUCGAUCUCAAAUCGGAGCCAAAGAAACAUGCGCCUAUGUUUGCUUAAACUUUCGCAGCUCCCCAUGUCCAAGCUGGUUUAGUCUUUUCACGAAACCUAAUCAAACCCUAACCGAACACAGAGGGGAGAUUAGGUUUCCAAAGGAUCCAAGUGGAAACUCGGUUGUGCCGACACCUUUCUCUUCUUCCCAUUCUCAUCAUACAACAUGUCAGUCCAACUUUUCGAUUGGUUCGGAAAUCUACAUAAGUGGUGGACCCUGGGAAGAGCCGUCUUCCUCUGUUCAAAUCUUUGAUUGUCGGAGUCAUACUUGGCGUAACGGCCCUAACAUGACCGUCGCUCGGGAGGAUGCAUGUGCGCGAUUCCGCAAUGAGAAAAUAUAUGUGAUGGGAGGUUGCGAUAUUGACGAGUACUCUGCCAGUUGGAUUGAGGUGUUUGACAUGACGUCUCAGUCUUGGACAGCCUUUCCGGGUCCUGGCGCUGAUGAAGCCGAGUUACGCAAUCUUUUACAUGGAGGUUAUGAUUACAAUAUAGUUAAUGUGUCUCAAGGAAAGCUCUACGUAAAUAUAGAUGAAAAGGAGUACACUUACGAGUUGAAAGAUGGUACAUGGAAAGUUGUACGACAGCAAUCGAGUUCCCUGUUGAAGUCCGAAAGGUGCAAUUUUUAUAUGAAGUGA